AAUAAAAAAAAUCGAGUGGCUCUUUUCUUAUUAAGAAAUAGGAUGCUAUAUUUAGCCGACAAGGGAAACGAGAGGGGUAUGGGAAAAUGGGUUCUUCAAUCAUCUUCCUACCGUUUCUUCUUUUGCUUUUCCAUUUGGAACCUUCAUCGGCAUUCUCACUCUCCGUCGAGAAUCUGGAAAAAGACAUCAUAGUCUCAUCACCGAAGGGAACGUUCACUGCAGGGUUCACUCCCGUAGGUGAAAAUGCUUACUGCUUCGCCAUAUGGUUCACCAAACCACCUCGUACAACCGUGGUUUGGAUGGCCAACCGUGACCAACCGGUAAACGGAAAACGGUCAACACUUUCUCUUCUCAAGACCGGCAACCUCGAAUUAACCGACGCAGGGCAGUCCAACGUUUGGUCCAUCAACACUCUUUCUGCCGAACCUCUUGAGUUGCAUUUGUUCGACACCGGCAACCUCGUCCUCCGACAACAGAACAAUCAAAGCUCCGUUCUGUGGCAAAGCUUCGAUUUCCCCACCGAUACGCUCCUUCCUGGUCAACCUCUCACUAGGUUUACGAAGCUUGUUUCCUCAAGAAGUGAGAGCAACUAUUCCUCUGGUUUUUACAACCUCUUCUUCGACAAUGACAACGUUUUCCGUCUUCUCUACGAAGGCCCUCAAGUUUCAAGUGUUUACUGGCCAGAUCCUUGGCUUGUAAGCAACAACGUUGGUAGUGGUAACGGUAGAUCCACUUACAACAGUAGCAGGGUUGCAGUGCUUGAUACUUAUGGACAAUUCAGUUCUUCUGAUCAUUUCAGUUACAAGACAAUUGAUUAUGGGAAAUUGCUUCAACGAAGACUCACCCUUGAUCAUGAUGGUAAUGUUCGUUUGUAUAGUCGAAAUGAUGGACAGGAGAAUUGGUCAAUAUCUGGACAAUUUAAGUCACAACCUUGUUUCAUUCAUGGGAUUUGUGGACCCAAUAGUAUUUGCGUUUAUGACCAAAAAAGUGGUAGAAAGUGUUUAUGUCUUCAAGGGUAUAGUUGGGUUGAUGAUCAAGAUUGGUCUCUAGGUUGCAAACCCAAUUUCCAACCUUCAUGUGACAACAAAACUGAGUAUGGUUUUCUACCCUUAGAUGAAGUUGAUUUUUAUGGAUAUGACUAUGGAUCAUCUUUUUCGAAUUACACUUAUAAACAAUGUGAGAGUUUGUGCUUGCAAUUGUGCGAGUGCAUGGGAUUUCAGUACACCUUUGGUCUUGAGAAUGGCCUUUUUUGGUGUUACCCAAAGACACAGUUGCUAAAUGGGCAUCACUCACCGGGUUUCUCAGGAACAAUCUUCUUGCGGUUGCCGAAAAGCUAUGCUCAUGGGAACCCCGUUGAUGUUAACAAUGGCUUGGCUUGUGAGAGAAAUGGUGUGGCAAAACAACUAGAAAGACCAUAUGUCAAAGGCAAAGAAAAUGGCUCUGUGAAGUUCAUGCUUUGGUUUGCGGUUGGGUUAGGAGUGGUUGAAAUAAUGUGCAUCUUUUUGGUGUGGUGUUUCUUAUUUAGGAACAACGAACAUAGUGCAGAUAAACAAGGUUAUGUUCUUGCAGCAGCAACCGGGUUUCGGAGAUUCAGUUACUCUGAGCUUAAACAAGCCACUAAAGGUUUCAGUCUAGAGAUUGGAAGGGGUGCUGGAGGAAUUGUAUAUAAGGGUGUGUUAUCAGAUCAUAGAGUUGCUGCAAUAAAGAGACUACAUGAAUUUGCAAACCAAGGUGAAAGUGAGUUUCUUGCUGAAGUAAGCAUUAUUGGUAGGCUUAACCACAUGAACUUAAUUGGCAUGUGGGGGUAUUGUGCUGAGGGUAAGCAUAGGUUGUUGGUCUAUGAGUACAUGGAAAAUGGUAGUUUAGCUCAAAAUCUUUCAUCAAAUGGACUUGAUUGGAGUAAGAGGUAUAACAUUGCUCUAGGAAUGGCAAGGGGUUUGGCCUAUUUACAUGAAGAAUGCUUGGAGUGGAUUUUGCAUUGUGACAUAAAGCCACAGAACAUACUUCUUGACACUGAUUAUCAACCUAAGGUAGCUGAUUUUGGCUUGUCUAAGCCAUUAGAUAGAAACACCCUCAACCAUUCGAGUUUUUCAAGGAUAAGAGGAACACGAGGUUACAUGGCACCGGAAUGGGUUUUCAACAUGCAAAUCACUUCCAAAGUGGAUGUUUUUAGCUAUGGAAUUGUUGUGUUGGAGAUGAUAACUGGAAGGAGCCCAACAACAGGUGUCCAAAUAACUGAAUUAGGAGCAGAGUCACAUCAUGAGAGGUUGUCAACAUGGGUGAGGGAAAAGAGGAGGAAAGCAUCACAAGUUGCAUCAUGGGUGAAACAAAUUGUUGACCCUUCUUUGGGAUCAAAUUAUGAUGUGAACCAAUUGGAGAUAUUGGCAACAGUGGCUUUGGAAUGUGUGGAGGAAGAGAAGGAUGUGAGACCCAGCAUGAGUCAAGUUGCUGAAAGGCUCCAAAGUCAUGAACAUGAUUCUUGAUUUCUCAUGGCCCUGUCAUUUUCCCUGUUUAUCAUUUUCUGUUCCUCAUUGUAAUAUUGAUAUUUUCAAUUUUGAAUAGAGUGUUUAUUUUUAUUUGUUUAUUACGUGUUUCUCUACUUGAGCAGUAGAGUUAAAUGAGUGAAACUAGUUUGAAUAUUUUUAUUCCUAAAGGGAAAAAGUGUAAGGAAUGCGUAUGAAAUAAAAAUUUGAAAAUGUAGAUACUUUAUCCCUAAAUUGAAUCUCUAAUGUUGAAGUUAUGUCUAGUCAAUGUAGCUUGUUUCUUCCUCGGUUUAACAUUUUAUCACGUCCUUGCAUGUUUUAUGAGAAUUAAGAAUGUGUUUGACAACUUGUUUUAACUAGUUUAAAAUUUAUUUAAUCAAUUUAUUAACUUCCUUGAUCAAAAUAAAGGUGUUUGAUAAAUCAACUUAUUUUUAAUAAUUUACAGCGUUACAUUUAUAACUUAUUUUUGUAAAUUUUAUUUUUAAUAUUGUGAUAAGAAAAAUAUUUAUCAUCUUCUUUAACAUUGUACUAUUUAUAUUAAUUAUUACACUAUUUAUGCAAUAAUUUUUAUAAAAUAUUUAUUUUUUAAAUAAAAAUGAUGAGUUCAAAAUUAAUUAAAAAAUUUAAAAUUAUAAUUAUCCAAAGUUAUUUUCGUAACUAAAUAAUAAAAAUCACAUAAAUUAUUUU